AUGGCUGCAAAAUCAUACAGAACUUCAGAAUCACAAACUGGGAGGGGCUCAAUUCCUCCCGGUGUGACCUUCGCAAGGAGAACAUCAUCGGGUCGUUAUGUCAAUUUGUCAAGGGAUAGCCUUGAUAGUGAGAUUAGUGGUAUUGAAUUCUCAAACUACACGGUGCAAAUACCACCAACACCCGAUAAUCAGCCCAUGGACCCUUCAAUGUCCCAGAGGGUGGAAGAGCAGUAUGUAUCAAGUUCUUUGUUUACUGGUGGGUAUAACAGUGUAACCCGUGCCCACUUGAUGGACAAGGUGAUCGAGUCUGAGACCAGCCAUCCCCAGAUGGCUGGUGCCAAAGGUUCUUUAUGUGCAGUCCCUGGUUGUGAUGGAAAAGUCAUGAGGGAUGAGAGGGGUGAAGAUAUUCUCCCUUGUGAAUGUGAUUUUAAGAUAUGUAGGGAUUGUUAUGUUGAUGCUGUGAAAACUGGUGAUGGGAUCUGUCCAGGUUGUAAAGAGCCUUAUAAGAAUACGGAUUUGACUGCAAAUGAUGUGGAUCCUGGUCGGCCUUUGCCUCUUCCAUCAAAUGUUGGGAUGUCAAAGAUGGAGAGGAGGUUGUCAUUGAUGAAAUCAGCCAACCGGUCAGCGCUAAUAAGGAGUCAGUCGGGGCUGAAGAGGAGCCAAACAGGGGUGGAUUUUGAUCAUAACAGAUGGUUGUUUGAGACCAAGGGGACUUAUGGGUAUGGCAAUGCUAUAUGGCCGAAUGAUGGAGGGUUUGCAAAUGAUAAAAAUGAUGAAGCUGGUGAGCCUCCUGAACUUCUCAACAAGCCUUGGAGGCCACUCACCCGCAAAUUGAAGAUACCAGCAGCGAUACUCAGUCCAUACAGACUCUUAAUCUUAGUCCGUAUGGCCGUUCUUGGACUAUUUCUUGCAUGGAGGAUCAGCCACCCCAAUGAGGACGCAAGAUGGCUAUGGUUGAUGUCAGUUAUCUGUGAGAUUUGGUUUGCAUUCUCUUGGCUGCUUGACCAGCUUCCGAAGUUGUGCCCUGUUAAUCGUGCAACUGACCUUAAUGUGUUGAAAGAAAAAUUUGAAACACCCAGUCCCGCCAAUCCAACCGGGAAAUCUGAUCUCCCAGGAAUAGAUAUAUUUGUUUCUACGGCUGAUCCUGAAAAAGAACCUCCACUUGUUACUGCAAAUACUAUUCUUUCUAUCCUUGCUGCUGAUUACCCAGUUGAUAAGCUUUCAUGUUAUGUAUCUGAUGAUGGAGGUGCUCUUCUGACAUUUGAGGCCAUGGCAGAAGCUGCAAGUUUUGCAAACUUGUGGGUACCAUUCUGCCGAAAACAUGAGAUUGAACCAAGAAAUCCAGAAUCUUACUUCAGCCUGAAAAAGGAUCCCUAUAAGAAUAAGAUGCGCCCAGAUUUUGUCAAGGAUCGUAGAAGGGUUAAACGUGAAUAUGACGAAUUCAAGGUUCGAAUCAACGGGCUUCCUGACUCAAUUCGUCGUCGUUCUGAUGCGUAUAAUGCACGUGAAGAAAUAAAGGCCAUGAAGCUUCAGAGAGAGACUGCUGGGGAUGAACCAAUGGAACCGGUGAAAGUCCGUAAAGCCACAUGGAUGGCAGAUGGAACCCACUGGCCUGGCACUUGGGUAGUUUCUGGUUCUGAGCACUCUAGAGGUGAUCAUGCAGGAAUUAUUCAGGUAAUGUUAAAACCUCCAAGUGAUGAACCUCUACACGGAACAACUGUUGACAAUAGUCCACUUGAUUUUACCGAAGUUGACAUUCGGCUUCCCAUGCUUGUCUAUGUUUCACGUGAAAAGCGACCUGGAUAUGAUCACAAUAAGAAGGCUGGGGCAAUGAAUGCACUGGUUCGAGCCUCAGCCAUCAUGUCCAAUGGCCCUUUCAUACUUAACCUCGACUGUGAUCACUACAUCUACAACUCUGAGGCAGUAAGAGAAGGCAUGUGUUUUAUGAUGGACCGGGGUGGGGACCGCAUUUGUUACGUCCAGUUUCCUCAGAGAUUCGAAGGAAUAGAUCCAUCUGACCGCUACGCAAAUCACAAUACCGUUUUCUUCGAUGUCAACAUGAGGGCUCUAGAUGGGCUUCAGGGUCCAGUUUAUGUGGGCACUGGGUGCCUCUUUCGCAGGACUGCCCUUUAUGGUUUUGAUCCACCACGGUCAAAAGAUUACCACUCAGGCUGCUGCAGCUGCUGUUUUCCACGUCCAAAGAAAGGUGUUUCUAUUUCUUCUGCACCUGAUGAGCAUCGUGAACUUAGAAUGGGAGAUUCUGAUGAUGAGCAAAUGAAUCCUUCUCUCUAUUCUAAAAGAUUCGGGAAUUCAAGUUUCCUUAUUGAUUCUAUUCCGGUGGCAGAAUUCCAAGGCAGACCACUAGCAGAUCACCCUGCAGUGAAGAAUGGACGACCUCCCGGUGCUCUAACCAUACCUAGGGAACUCCUCGAUGCAUCUACUGUUGCUGAAGCAAUUAGCGUCAUCUCUUGUUGGUAUGAAGAUAAAACUGAGUGGGGCAAUCGGGUUGGGUGGAUUUAUGGAUCUGUGACGGAAGAUGUGGUAACUGGUUAUAGAAUGCACAAUCGAGGUUGGCGAUCUAUAUAUUGUGUCACUAAAAGGGAUGCUUUCCGUGGCACUGCACCAAUUAAUCUAACGGACAGGCUUCACCAAGUCCUUCGGUGGGCCACUGGUUCUGUUGAGAUCUUCUUCUCGCGAAAUAAUGCGUUACUGGCUAGUCCCAAGAUGAAGCUUCUACAGAGAAUUGCUUACCUUAAUGUUGGUAUAUAUCCUUUCACUUCUGUGUUUCUCAUUGUCUACUGCUUCCUCCCUGCGCUGUCGCUCUUUUCUGGUCAAUUUAUUGUCCAGACUCUGAAUGUGACAUUCCUCACCUACCUCCUGGUCAUCACCUUGACCCUUUGCAUGUUGGCUGUGCUCGAGAUCAAAUGGUCAGGCAUUGCUUUGGAAGAGUGGUGGCGAAACGAGCAAUUCUGGUUGAUUGGAGGCACAAGUGCUCAUCUUGCUGCUGUACUCCAGGGGCUACUGAAGGUGAUUGCCGGGAUAGAAAUCUCAUUUACCUUGACAUCAAAAUCUGCUGGUGAUGAUAAUGAUGACGAUUAUACCGAUCUCUACAUUAUAAAAUGGUCAUCCUUGAUGAUACCGCCUAUUACAAUCAUGAUGACUAACUUGAUCGCGAUAGCAGUUGGUUUUAGCCGGACAAUCUAUAGUGCCAUACCACAGUGGAGCCGUUUGAUCGGAGGGGUAUUCUUUAGCUUCUGGGUGUUAGCACAUCUGUAUCCCUUUGCAAAAGGAUUGAUGGGAAGAAGAGGAAGGACGCCAACAAUUGUAUUUGUUUGGUCGGGGCUUAUUGCGAUUACCAUUUCCCUCCUUUGGGUUGCGAUCAACCCCCCGGCUGGCAAUAAUCAAAUUGGAGGAUCCUUCCAGUUUCCAUGA